UUACAAAGACGGAGUUUACUCCGUGCCCACUUUCUUAUAGCGGUUGCAGGUUUUCCUCUUCAUCCAAAAUAAAGCACGCACUUGAGUAGUAGUCACGAGUUUAUCUCGUGAGUCAGAAAAGUAAUGUUUUCUGCACACGGACUCUUGCUGAAGGUCAAACUCCAUAGAUUCAUCUAUGCUAACAACACUUUUCUGAUGAAUGGACUAAUAUUGGACUCUUACCUAACAACUAACUUCGGUUGGGACGCAGGUUUUGAAUUGUCUUGUUGAGUUGCAGUCUUCGCUGACAUAGAUUUUUACCAUAAUUAGCGAUGGAGCACGUGGCCGAGGUCAGCCGCCACCUUUACGUGAAUUACAGUCCAUGCCGCCGUUAAGCGUGGUGGCUUUCGUGAUCUUUAAACCAUGAUUUGAAUCCCCUUCUGGGAAUGAUCAAACCCCAUAUUUACUUGAAGUUUCCAAUCACAUGAUUUGACUUUAGAUUCUUCGAGGAGAAUGGGUUCUUGUUCUUCAUCUGUACAGCUCUGAUUUAGUCAACUAGAAACGUGUACGCACUUCGUUAGUGGAGACGUAAAAGGUUGUCAAAUUUAUCUUGCUUUUUUGCGACGAUUGCGGGCAGGUCGGUACUGUAUGUCUAUACUAUUACUAUACUACAACGCCUUGUCGCCUCUAAACUCUUCAUUUCUACUGAGAUUACCAGAGGGAAUUGGAAAAUGGUGUUUUUUCAGGCUCCGGGGAAAGUUAAAUCGUCGGAGAAAUUCAAGAAUAUGGUUCUAAUCUGCUCUUCUCUCUGCGUAGUGUACCUGGUUUGUGCCUUUGUUCUUGUUCCCAGCACCAAGCUUCUCCACGUUUCGGUUUCUUUGCAGGGUGUCUCGUCCCCUACUUCUCUGGAACACAUUGUUUUCGGCAUUGCGUCGAGCGAGAAAUCGUGGGCGAAGAGGAAGGAGUAUGUGAAGCUGUGGUGGAGGCCUAGUAGAAUGAAGGGGUGUGUUUUUCUUGAUAGUGAGGUAAAGCAGGAGGACAAUAACACUGAUUCUCUCCCUCCGGUGUGCAUUUCCGGGGACACGUCGAGUUUCCGGUACACUUACCGGGGUGGGAACCCGUCUGCCAUCCGCAUUGCUCGUGUGGUCUCGGAAGUGGUCUCCCUCAACCAUUCCGAUGUCCGGUGGUUCGUGUUUGGGGACGAUGACACCGUGUUCUUCCCGGAUAAUCUGGUGAAGACGCUGUCCAAGUAUGAUCACGGGCUCUGGUACUAUAUUGGCACCAACUCUGAGGAUUUGGUGCAGAAUAAUUUCUUUUCCUUUGAAAUGGCAUUUGGUGGAGCUGGUUUCGCCAUUAGCUAUUCUCUGGCAAAAGCUCUGGCCAAAGUCUUUGAUUCUUGUCUUCACCGCUACCCUCAUUUAUAUGGAAGCGACGGCAGAGUUCAUGCCUGUUUAUCCGAGCUCGGCGUUUCAUUAACACACGAGCCCGGUUUUCACCAGAUGGAUAUUCGAGGGAAUGUAUUUGGAUUGUUGGCAGCACAUCCACUCAGACCUCUGGUUUCUCUGCAUCACAUGGAGGUUUUCGACCCGAUCUUCCCCAACAUGACGACGACAAAGGCUUUGGAGCAUUUGUACAAAGCCGUCAGCAUUGAUCCCCACCGGAUUUUGCAGCAAACGGUGUGUUAUGAUCGGUGGUUUUCCUGGACCAUUUCGGUUUCUUGGGGCUAUGCAGUCCAAAUACAUGGAAACCAUCUGCUUUUGCCAGAUGCACUGCGAGCGCAGGAGAGUUACUCGCCAUGGAGAAAGAGCAAGAAGGACAUACCUUACGGCUUCGAUUCCCGGGGUUACCACCCUGAUCCUUGCCGCCGGCAGACGGUUUUCUACAUGGAUAGAGUGUCUUCUUCCCACAGAGAUGGAAUCACCAGUAUUUACAGGAAACUGACAACAGACAAUUGCACCUUUGACAAGGCUUCUCCCAGAAACCUUGAUGAAAUCAGAGUUUUUACCCAGAAGUUAGACCUCAACAGUAAAGAGUUACUAGCACCGCGGAGGCAUUGUUGCGAUGUGCUGCCUUCUUCAGCAGAUAAAGCUCUGGAAAUCGGAAUUAGAGAGUGCAAAGAAGAAGAACUAGUUUACAUGCAUUAAUCCUAUACUCCCCCUAUCAAUCACCAUAACUAAAGACGAUAUACGACUGUUCUAUCUGAUUGACUCGGCAACAACGCCAGGUAAAAACAAUGUAUUAGCCAAACUACCUUACUUGCUAUGGAUACAUUUUUCUGGUUAAAGCAAGCUUUGUAAUUAGCAUCAGAAGAAAAAAAAAAGUCAAACAAAUAAAAUUGUAGCAUGUUUAUAUACUGAAAUGUAUUGGAGUUGUUGCCUCAA